AUGCUCGGCCUCAAAAUUCCAUGCCGAGGCUCGCCCGAAGCACCGAGCUUCUCUGGGCACCCUGAGGACUUACAGUCCUAUUUCGAUGACAUAAUCGACUUCUGUGAUGGAUUCGGGCUCUCAGACGGACCCGAGCGAAUCAGAUUUGCUCUCAAGUAUGCACCUUUCGAGUCGGCGGACCUCUGGUCCCACUUCGUCAGUAGUAGUCAAGGAGAUUGGGCUCGUUUUACCUCGGAAAUCACUCAGCAGUAUCCGGAAUUACAGGAAAUCACUCGAAACAAGUUCUACAAACUUCGCAAGGUGCUUGCAAGCUCAGAAACCAUCUCGACAUCAUCCCUGGGCGAAUAUUAUCGCAUUUUUUGUCGCUUAUCGUUGUCUCUCGAGAAGGAACACGGGCUGCUACCCCACCUAACAUCCAGCUUCUUUUAUGGAUUCCCGCCCGAGUUCAGACAAGAGCUUCUUGAGUUUCAUGACCCACCAGCUCAAACCUUUACUGUACCUAGUCUUAUAGCUGCAGCAGGACGGGUUCUCGCACUCGGUGAUGGCCUCUGGAAGAGCCGCAAGGUCGACAGUUCGCGCGCGCAGCCACCACAUGCCUCAGACAAUCGUUCCCCCCGUCGUUCAUAUUCGUUCUGCUUCUUCUGCGGACUUUCGGGUCAUAUUCGAGCGGGUUGCCAUUCAUUCAAGUCAUAUUUAGCUUCGGGAAAGUGUCUACUUGUCGACGGCCGCGUUGUUCUGCCUACAGGACUGGAAAUCCCGCGUGAAGUUGCCGGACGGACUCUGCGAGACCGUCUCGACAACUGGUCUUUGUUGACAAGCCAGUUCGAGGCUCGUAUGGGCUCAUCGCCCGCUCGCUCGCUUUCACCCACAGCCGCGCCCUCUCGAAGCGUGUUCAACGCACCAUCGCACAUACCCGCUCAGACGAGCAUCGGGUCCACUCGGUCCCUACCUACUCUCCAGCUCGAGCCAGCACUCACUGCAUGCGCAGCCACAGUCGAGGUGGCCACAUGGCCGAGGCCGGUCGCCCUCGCAUCCUCGUUCACGGUCGUGCUCACAGACUCGAACGAGUUCCUCACUCUAUUCUUCCUCGUCCUCGUCCUCGUCCUCGCGCUCUCGCUCACGCUCAAGGAAAGUGCAUUCACACGCCCGCUCCAAGCCGAAGCGGUCGCGCAGCCGCAGUCGCGCGCCCCGGCGCUCUCGAAGAUAUCUAGUAUGGAUUUACCUAUGCUCGAGUUCCCCACAGAACGCCGUUUAGCAUCGCACCUGGCGCCUUCCCGCGAUCUACACGAUGCCUCACAUCCACGGAUACAGUUCUAACCAGGCAUGCUGUCGAUGAAAUCACUGUCGACACCGCUCGUCGCUCAUCAAGACAAAUGCUGCCUCCCUCGUACCGAGCGCGUAUCUCGCUCGUUAUCGCGCCGUGCCUCUCGCUUUUUGGCAGGCUCGUACUACUCGACGUCAGCUCUCUGUUGAUACAAAGCUCGCUUGCAUGCGCCCAGCCGUUAAGGAGAUAUUCGCGUUUUUGUGGAUAGGUCCAUUCUCAGGGUCCUGUAGUCGUAUCUCGCUCGUUUCCCUGACGCGCCUCUCGCUUUUUUGAAGGGUUGUAGUCCACAACAAAUGCUCGAUGUUGAUAUCAGGGUCGUUCUGAUAGGUCCAGUAGCUCCGGAG